UUGGUUGAAAUUACCGAGUGAUUGGUUGAAAUUACCGAAUGGAAUUUGGACUAAAAUUUCCAUUCUCUGUUUCAUAACAAUCCCACCAAUAAUUCUCUCUCCUGCAUUAUAUCGCAAUGCAAAACAACAGAGAACAGAGUGCAGAAAAACUGAGAGGAUCUCCAACUUUCUGCGCAGCCCUCACUCCCUUCAGAAUUCCCACCCACAUUUCGUUGUUCUCUAGUUCAGUUUCUUCGCUUCUGAUCUACCCAGGGACAACAAGAAAACGAAGAUGCAACCGAUCAAUUCUGUCUUUAAGGAAGCAAUGGCCGGAAUUUCGAAGAAGGCUCUAGCAGCGGAGUGGCUGCUGGGAACGCCGUUCCAUUACUGAGGAUUUCUCUCUAUGUUUGCUUGGUCAUGUCGACCAUGUUGCUCAUCGAGUGGCUCUACAUUGGAGGAGUUGUUUUGUACGUGAAGAUAUUUGGUAGAAAGCCUGAGAGAAGGUACAAGUGGGAGGCGGUGGAGGAUGGUUCGGAGAUGGGUAGCGCGGCCUUUCCGAUGAUCCUUGUUCAAAUACCCUUGUGCAAUGAGAAGGAGGUUUACAAGCUUUCGAUUGGUGCGGCGUGUAGUCUCUCAUGGCCUGCCGAUAGGCUGCUAAUUCAAGUGGUGGAUGGUUCGACAGACAUUCUCAUCAAGGAUAUGGUUGAGAAAGAAUGCAUGAAGUGGGCGAACCAAGGCAUAAACAUCAUACACCAAAUUAGAGAGACAAGAGGAGGCUACAAAGCUGGAGCUCUUAAAGAAGGCUUGAAUUACAACUACGUUAAAGAAUGCGAGUAUGUCGCCAUCUUCGACGCCGAUUUCCAGCCGGAACCCGACUUUCUCCGCCGAGCACUCCCUUUUCUCAUUCACAACCAGGAUAUAGCUCUUGUGCAAGCUCGGUGGAGGUUUGUGAAUGCAGAUGAAUGCUUAUUGACAAGACUCGAAGAAAUGUCUCUGGAUUAUCAUUUCACUGCUGAGCAAGAAGUUGGAUCAACUGUUCAUGCCUUCUUCGGCUUCAAUGGAAGUGCUGGAAUAUGGAGAAUUGCUGCGAUAAAUGAGGCUGGAGGGUGGGAUGACAGAACCACAGCAGAAGACAUGGAUCUUGCAGUUCGCGCUGCGCUCAAGGGCUGGAAACUUGUUUACCUAGGAGACCUUGAAGUGAAAAGUGAACUUCCCAGUACUCUGAAAGCCUUCCGUUUGCAGCAGCACCGUUGGUCUUGUGGCCCAAACAAUUUAGUCGGCAAAAUCAUGAUGGAUGUUAUCAAGAGCAAGAAAGUCUCGCUUUGGAAGAAGGUUUACAUGAUCUACAAUUUCUUCUUUGUCCGGAAGAUCGUUGGCCAUACGUGUAUAUUCUUCUCUUACUGUUUGGUUCUACCAUUGACAAUUCUGAUACCUGAGGUCAAUGUUCCAAAAGGGGGAGCUGUUUUCAUCCCUUGCAUCAUUGCUGCCAUAAACUCGAUUUUGGCGACUCCAAGGUCCCUCCAUUUCGUUUUCUUUUGGAUCCUUUUUGAGAGUGUCAUGUCUUUGCACCUGACAAAAGCUAUAUUUACGGGUCUACUGGGGACAAAGAGUGCUAAUGAAUGGAUAGUCACUGAAAAACUCGGAGAUUCUACAAAGAACAAAACCAACAACGAACCGGUUGCACCAAAGGAACCAAGAUCUGGGGUUCUCAGAGACAGAAUACUACUACCGGAGCUGGGAUUUGCAAUGUUUCUUUUCUUCAGUGGAGGAUAUGGCUUCCUCUACAGAAAUGACUACUAUUUCGUGUACCUUUUCCUUCAAGGCAUCACCUUUACGAUUGUGGGAUUUGGCUUGAUCGGAAAAUAGUCCCAAGAGGUCAGCAGCAGCAGCAGCAGCAGCAGAAGAAGAAAAACUCCUCACAUAAAUUCUUUGCUUCCCCACAGAAAGGAUUGAAGCUAUAACACAAAUUGAUGCUCAAACUGCUAACAUAGUCCAGGUUUUCUUCAGUAACAGCAAUAUCCAGUUUACUAGAUUGUUCUGUAUUGAUUUGAAACCUUCUGGAGGGAUAACACAAGAAAAUAUGAUCAUUAGCACUUUCUAGAUCUUGUACAAUAAUUGUUUAGUUUUGUGACAUUACCGGUAAUUCAAUCAUUCAUUGUACAAGAACGAAAAUCAUCUUGUUAGAAACCAGAUUAUUGCAUUCUUUUGUAAAAUGGGGUUCUUGAUGAUUGAUGGUUGUUUUUGUUAAUGGGGUCGAGAGAGACGACAGUUUUUCCUAUUAU